AUGGCUCGAUUUGAAGAGAAGAGAUGUGGUUGUGGGUUUCCAGUUGCAAGAAGGACUUCAUGGACCCAUGACAAUCCAGGUAGAAAAUUUGUUGCUUGCAAGUUCUUCAACCACGAAACAGGGCAAAGAGGUUGUAAUACAUUUGAAUGGGUGGACGAGGAAAUUCUAGAUUGGCAGAGGGAUGGAACUAAUGUGCUCAUAGCAGAAAAGCAUAGGCUUUCCACUGAUCUGAGUAUUCUCAGAACAAGAUUGGCAUGUACUGAACAUGAGAAGGGGCACCUUGCUUCUGAACUUAAUAUGCUGAAGAACAGGAAGAACAGGGCUGAAAUAGGGCUAAUGGAAGAAGAAAAUUCAAGGAACAAGCUACUUGUAACCUGUGUGAUUGUGUCAGUUGUUGUUAGUUUUUGUAUUGUUAAGCUUUUUGGUUAG